AUGAAGUUCUCCAUCGUCCUCGCCGCCCUCGCCGCCGUUGCCUCUGCUGCCCCCACCAAGGACAGCAGCAGCGCCGGCAAGAUCCAGAAGCGCGCCCCGGUCUUCACGGCCAAGACCUUUGACGAGCUCUCCAUCAGCGGAGGCACCGCCGGCACCGCCAAGGAGGACGCCCUCAAGAAGUUGAGCGGCCUGCCCACGGACCUCACCCAGGUCGACAAGGCGGACAUCACGUUCCUCAACAACGUCAACAAGAUUGCCAACCAGGCCGAGCGCGGCGCUUACAACACCAAGAUCGCCGAGACCACCCCUGGUGAAGAUGCUCUUGCUCUUCAGCGCGCCAAGAUCCAGAACAAGGUCCUCAAGCUCACCGCCACCGUCAUGCAGCUGCAAGCCCAGCAGGCGCAGGGCCAGAACGUGACGGCCAAGCUGGAGGAGGAGACCAAGAAGCUGAACAAGAACAUCGCCGACGACCAGGCCAACAAGGGCAAGACGGCGACCUCGCUCAAGUUCAACGCCUCCACCGACAACCCGACCGCCUCCGACGUCCCCAAGGACGACGCCGUCGCGAAGAAGGCCGGUGAUGUCGUCGACGCCUCCGUCAAGGCUGCUGGUGGUGGCACUGCCGGCGCUGCCAAGACCGCUCCCAAGCCCAAGAAGACUGCGAACAAGGUUGUCGAGGCCGCGCCGGCUGACGCGGUCGAGGAUGAGGAGUAG